CCUGAGUGAAGUCACAAUAGCACAGCCCCACACAUUUGCAUUGGGUGGAUGCCUUGCCCACGCCUCCUGCUCUUAGCUAGAGAAGCUACAGCUGAGCUGAUUCUGCCAGUGAGACUGAGACGGGAAAUUCACCAGCAGACAUGGCAUAAGGAUUCCUGGGACAGAUAAGCAAAAAAUGUGACCCUUGAAAUCAGCCCCAGCUUAAAACAAUGAAAAGUGCAAAGUCCAUGGCAGGGAAAGCGCACAGACUCAGCGGGGAAGAAAGGGAACAACUGCUACCUAACUUGAGAGCAGUAGGCUGGCACGAACUGGAUGGCAGAGAUGCAAUAUGCAAAGAAUUUCAUUUCAAAGACUUUAACCGAGCCUUUGGAUUCAUGACAAGGGUGGCUCUCCAGGCUGAAAAAUUAGAUCACCAUCCAGAGUGGUUCAAUGUCUAUGAUAAGGUUCACAUAACUUUAAGCACCCAUGACUGUGGUGGUCUUUCUGAACGAGACAUCAACUUGGCUAGUUUUAUUGAACAAAUAGCUGCAAGCCUAUCUUAGGAAACACAUUAGCAAUAGUGAUGUAGUUUUACAAUGCGUGUUUCCAGUGUUGCUCCUCAGAUGUGUUUUAUAUACAUAUUAUUUUAAUGCCUGGUCAUCUGCAAAACAUCCCAUAUCUAAGUUUUGCUCACAAUGGUAACUUGACAGCUACAUUUUUAAUGGAAGAUUUACUUUUCAUAAUUUUAAUAGCUACAAUAAAUAUGCCAAAUCUCUAAAAGGAUUUUAUGAUUUUAGUAUUAAAUGUAUGGACAGUGAUUGGUGCUGGUUAUGUUCAUUGCAUAGCUGACGCAUCCGCCCUGCUCCACUCGCAGCCCUAAAAGCUUCAAAUGGAUACUAUUUUUAAAAUUACUGUUGUUUUUGAGCAAAAAAACCAUUGUCUUUGUGAACAAGUCCUAAGUCUACGAUGACAUGGGGUCACUUCAGUCAAGUUAUAAUUAAGCAGCAUUGCAGGAGCUGGUUGGAUAUCAAUGUCGAUUCUUUGGGAAGAUCUAGUGUGAUAGGCCACAACUGACAGGUCAACAAUCAUAUGUGCUCCUCUGGAUAAUUUGUCUUACCUCCUAAUAUUCAAUAUUUUAUUUGAUUUUGUCAAUUCAGUGUGUAACUGAAUAGAAUUGCUUGCAGUAUCCUUCUUUUAAACAGUGUUAAGUUGUUACUGCCUUCGGUUAAUGUUAUAUAAGAGUCUGUUACCAAUGUACACAAGCAUUCUCUGUAUUUUUGAAAUACACUUGUUUCUGUUAUUGUAUCAAUUUCAUGCAAACAAAUUAUUUUUAACUAAUAAAAAGGCCUAGAGAACC